UCAUCUCCAUCAAGUGUUGAAGGCUUCCAAUUGGAGGAAACAAUUUGUGUUUGUUAACCCUUGUGUCGUUAGUGGAAAAACUAUGGCUGGGGAGAAAUCAAAAUCAGUGUUGCUUGCAAGAAGAUUAGAGGAGGCACUGCUAGAACAAUUGGUUUUAAUUCCUUAUAAUAUUGGGUACCAUUGGAUAUUGUUAGUCAUUGAUCUAACAUUGAUGAUUGUGUACUUACUUGAUCCGAUUAAUUCUAAAAUAAACACAAGCUUUGAAAUUGUAAUAAACACUGCUUUGAAAAUUUAUGAAACUACCCAAAAGAAGAGGAGGACCAAUCCAGUUUGGAAAGUAGUUCAGUCCCCGCAACAACCUACAAACGUGGAAUGUGGGUUUUAUGUAAUGCGGUAUAUGAAAGACCUCAUUAGAGAUCAAAGCAUCUUAAGAAAACAAAAUGAGAUGAAGAGUCAGUGUGAUGAGAAAAUAUUCGAUUUUGUCUUUUAUAAUAUGGAUUCUGAAUGUCAACAACGUGUCCCACCUACUGCUUCAAAUAGACGACGUCGUGAAUUAGAUGUUGACCAUGAACGGGGACGAGGGCGUGGCCGAGGACGAGGUCAAGGUCGUGGUUGA